GCUUCACUGCGCUAACGUACGUAUAGCGUGACGUCAUAGUAUCGCGAGAUGAGACUAUCAUUUUUUUCCUGAGGAACGAAGGAGCUGUUCUGCGGGCGGGCUGUGCUAAAAAAAUCGUGGUUGUCCCGGGAAAAGUGGGACUGUUGUGCGCUUACAGUAUUUCAGACCUCUUUGGCUUUUUUUUUUUUCAAGUUCUGAGCUACAAUCACAUGACUUAAAGAAAGUUAACUGAUCCAUGUGUAUCAUCAAUUUUUUUUUAAAUAAAUGUGAUGUUACUUGGCCCAAGAGCAGAUUCUGUUUAGGACCCAACAGUGGUAUAAUGUAGCCAACAUGUCCGUUGACUCAAUGCUUUGUGACCGUAUAGACAUUGCCAAACAGCUGAUUAAAAGAUCUGAAGCACUUUCCAGAUCUCGAGUCGGUGGAGUGGAAGGCGGAGCAAAACUGUGCAGCAAACUGAAAGCAGAGUUGAAGUUUUUACAAAAAGUCGAGGCAGGAAAAGUAGCCAUUAAAGAGUCUCACCUGCGAAGCACAAACCUCACACAUCUGCAAGCUGUUAUUGAAUCUGCAGAGAGCUUGGAAGAGGUUGUCAGCGUUCUUCAUGUCUUUAGCUAUAAUGAUCAGUUCGGAGAGAAGCAGUCACUGGUGGUUGAUGUUGUUGCGAAUGGCGGGCACACUUGGGUGAAAGCAAUUGGGCGGAAAGCUGAAGCACUGCACAACAUAUGGCUGGGGCGGGGUCAGUAUGGAGACAAGAGCGUUAUAGAACAGGCAGAAGAUUAUUUACUAGCCAGCUCUCAACAGCUGGUUCAGUACAGCAGCCCACAUAUCAUAUUUGCCUUUUACAAUAGUGUCUCUAAACCUAUGGCUGAAAAGUUGAAAGAGAUUGGCAUCUCUGUACGUGGGGAUAUUGUUGCUGUUAAUACCUCUCAAGAAAAUUUACCAGAGGAGAACUACUUAAGUGGAAGCGAAUCUGACUGUGAUGGCGAUGACACUGCUGUCCUCCAUGUCAGCAAAGUAGAUACUGAAAACAUAGUAGCUAGCAUUGCUUUCCCUACAGAGAUCAAGGUAGAGGCAUGCAAACGGGUUAAUUUAGAUAUCACUACUUUAAUUACCUAUGUAUCCGCUUUGAGCCAUGGAGGUUGCCAUUGGUUAUUUAAAGAAAAAGUUUUAACAGAGCAGGCAGCACAAGAAAGGCAAGAAAAGGUGCUUCCACUGCUUAAGUCAUUUAUGGAAGCCAAAGAAUUGUUUGCAUGUGAAAGCGCGAUAAAGGAUUUCCAGUCAAUACUGGAGACCUUGGGUGGACCAGCAGAAAAAGAAAGAGCUGCAUUGCUAGUAAAGAGUAUUACUGUGGUACCAGACCAGCCUUCUGAGCGUGCCUCAAAACUUGCUUGUAGCUCCAAAAUAAACAGCCGUUCCAUUUCUAUCUUUGGGACUGGGGAGACCUUAAAAGCCAUCACAAUGACUGCCAAUAGUGGUUUUGUAAGGGCUGCAGCAAACCAGGGAGUCAAGUUCAGUGUGUUUAUACAUCAGCCUCGAGCUCUAACCGAAAGUAAAGAAUCUUCAGCCACCCCUUUACCCAAUAAUUAUGCAUCUUCCAAUCUACUCUGAUAAACCUUUACUUGUCCUUUAACAGAACCUUACACAGUGCAAAAGUGUAAAAGUUUCUGCUGUUUGGAAAGCAACAGAUUUAAUGCAAUUUAGAAAAAUCUGUAUUCUGUUAUUUUGAUUUGUUAAAAACAUCUUUAUUUAAUAAUAUAUUUUGAAUAUGCGCAAAA